AUGCAACGUCGUUCUGUUCCACGUACAGAUCCACGUUAUAAUCAAUUACGUUCAAAAAAUAAUGAUAGUGUUAAAAAAUCUCGUGAAAAAUCUCGUCGUGAACGUGAUGAAACAAUGGAAUCAAUAAAUCAAUUAGAAGAAGAAAAUCAAGAAUUAAGUGAACGUAUACGAAUACUCAAACAAGAAUACGAACAAUUACAAGAUUUAUUUAAACAACAUACAGGAAUUUCUAUUAAUGAAGCUUUAUCAUCUCAAAUAAAUUCAACUUCAAAUUCAACUUUAACAUCUUCAAUACAACCAAAACCAAUUGAAGAAUCAAAACAAAAUACAUCUAAACCUAUAUUAAAAAUAAAUACAGAUGAAGAUAAAACAAAUGUUACUACAUCAUCAGAUACACAACUUGAUCCAAACAGUCUUGAUGGAGCUAUUGUAAUUAUUAAUGGUGUUCAAUAUAAAAUUAUGAAUUCUUCUGUAUAUAUUUUAUGUAUUCUCUUCUUUAUAUUUAUACAAUUAGUUAAAAAUCAAGAAACAUCAUCAGCUGAUAAUAAUAAUAAUAAUAAUAAUAAUAGAAGAAAAAAACAAGAUUUUUAUUGUUCAGCAUGUAAAUCAAUGAGUGAAACAAUAUUUCGUGAUAUGAAUAAUGCUGAUCCAAAUGAACGUGUUCAAGUUGGAUCAUAUCGUGUUGAUGGUCAUGGACAUCAAAAAUUAAAAGAUGUCCCGAUUAUUGAAACGAGAUAUCAUCCGGAAAAUGUUCUAGAAAAUCUUUGUUCAAAAUUUAUUAAUGAUGCUCGAGAAGUAAUACCAGGUUCACUCAAAAAUAUUUAUGAACAUGCAUGUGAUGAUAUUCUCGAAGAACACCAUGAUAGUCUUAUUGAUUUACUUGUAACACAAAAUAAAAAUGCACAAACAUCUCGACAAUUAGCAGAACUUUUUUGUGUCGAAUUAAAUCAAUAUUGUAAAGCCGAUCAACUUGACGAACUUUUUAAACCAACACCAACACCACCAUCCAUUGUUGAAGAAAAACAAAACGAACAAAAUACAGAAGAAGAAGAAGAAAAAGAAAAAGCAAAAGAAGAGGAUAAGAAUGAACUGUAA